CGCCCGGGACCCGGCCUCUGAGAGCGGAAAUUCCUGCACCGGCCGGGAAGCUGCGGGCGGAGCUCAGCAUGGAUCCCGUGGAGACGUGGACCCCCGGGAAGGUGGCAGCCUGGCUGAGAGGCCUGGACGAUUCCCUACAGGACUAUCCCUUUGAGGACUGGGAGCUGCCUGGCAAGUACUUGCUCCAGCUGUGCCCCCGAGGCCUGGAGGCUCUGACAGUGUGGCCUCUAGGCCACCAGGAGCUCAUUCUGGAAGGGGUGGAACAGCUCCGGGCCCUGAGCACUGGGCUACAGACAGAGAACCUGCAGAGCCUGGCAGAGGCACUGCUGGAGGGGACCCAGGCCUUCCAGAGCUUAUUCCAAGCAUGCCUGGGGGACACCGCUGAGAUCCCCACUGAAGUCCUCAGUGCGGCUGUGAAGCUGGUGCGUGAGGCCCGUGCUGUCCUCUUCUGGCUCAACAGGUUCCUCUUCUCCCAGUUAAACGACUUCUCAGCCUGCCAGGAGAUCGGGGCGCUGUGUGGGGAGCUGAGCCAGGCUUUGCAAGAGGACUGCCCAAAGGCUGACAAGGAGAGCAAAGUCCUGAGGAUCUGCAGCCACGUGUCUGGAAUCUGUCACAACAUCCUGAGCUGCACCCCAGAGGAGCUGCUGGAGCAGAAGGCUGUGCUACAGCAGGUGCAGCUGGACGACCCGUCGGGCCUGCAAAUCCAAACCACCACCAACUGCCUGCACUUUGUGUCCUGCGUGGGCACCCAGGUCCCCACCGACUCCCACCUGCAGAUCCUGCCUGGAGAUGAGGUGGUCCAGAUCAACGAGCAGGUGGUGGUGGGCUGGCUCCAUAAGAACGUGGUGAGGGAGCUGCUGAGGGAGCCCGCCGGGGUCAGCUUAGUGCUGAAGAAGGUUCCGGUGCCGGAGACCCCUCCGCAGACACCCCUGGACUCCCCUCACCUGGGAAGCCCGUCGCUGGCUGUGGCUCCCCUGUCUUCCAGGGUCCCAUCUGAAGAAGACUUCGCCUUCGACCCGACUUCAGACCCAUAUCCUACGCCCAGCCCUGCUUGGACAGGGAGUGUCAAAGCCCCAGCAGACUCUACCUGCCUUGAACACGAGCCCCUGCCCACCACCCCUGCCUCUCCAGCCACAUUCCCAGCAGGAAUAGCGGAGACUCCCGGGUCCCCAGGACCCCCUGACAAGCAUCCACCCCUUGGUCAGAAGCGAUCCAAAGGCGUGGCGACAAAGCUGAGCCGGCGGCGGGUGUCCUGCCGCGAGCUGGGCCGGCCGGACUGUGAUGGCUGGCUCCUGCUGCGCAAGACACCCGGGGGCUUCAUGGGUCCACGCUGGCGCCGCUGCUGGUUCAUGCUCAAGGGACACAUGCUAUACUGGUACCGGCAGCCCCAGGAUGAAAAGGCCCAGGGCCUCAUCAACAUCUCCAACUAUAGUCUGGAAAGUGGACAUGAUCAGAAGAAAAAAUAUGUGUUCCAACUCACGCAUGAGGUGUACAAACCCUUUGUCUUUGCGGCUGAUACCCUCUCUGAUCUGAGCAUGUGGGUACGGCACCUCAUCACCUGCAUUUCCAAGUACCAGUCUCCAGGCCGGACCCCCUCAGCUCGAGAAGAAGACUGCUACAGUGAAACAGAAGGGGAGGACCAUGACGAGGACACCGGGUCCCGCUCAGCCUCACCCAGCCCAGCGCAGUCUUGGAGUCCGCUCCACGGAGACAUGUCCCCCGCGGCCUCCCCGACGACGCAGCGCAGCCUGCGGGCCUCCCUGGCUGCCCUGACAGACAGCAGUGAGGGAGCACUGGAAGGAAUGGUUCGGGGGCUGAGGCAGGGCGGCGUGUCCCUGCUGGGCCAGCCACAGCCCCUGACCCAGGAGGAGUGGCGGAGCUCUUUCAUGCGGCGCAAUCGAGACCCCCACCUCAACGAGCGAGUGCACCGCGUGCGGGCGCUACAGAGUACACUGAAGGCAAAGAUGCAGGAGUUGCAGGCCCUGGACGAAGUGCUGGGUGACCCUGAGCUGACCGCAGAGAAGUUUCGCAGGUGGAAGGAGCAGAACCAGGAGCUGUACUCAGACUGCCUGGGGGCCUGGGGAGUGGUCCCCGCGGAGGCCAGCUCCCAAGCCCUGACCUCUGGCUCCGGAGAACAGUCUCCCCAGUCCCUCCCCUCUAACACUGAGGAGCCCUCCCAUCUUUGCCCCUUGACCCCAGAGAACAACCUCCAACCUCCUGACCUCUGACCCUGGCCAGCACCCUAGCUCCUGACCCCUGACCCUGAGGACCACCUCAUCCCCAGCCUCUGACACACCUGGGGCGGCUAGGUUCUGUUCAGGGCUGGCAAUAGUGCCAAUGCCAUUUCUGCUCCUGUCUCCCCUAGAGUGGGGUAAAGUGAGCUUUCGCCACCUCGUUCCUGAGAACCCCCCCAUUUCAGAUUUGAGGGGCACAGCCUGACCCCCACUGUCCCUCAGCAGUGCUCAUUUCCUCGAACUGGUUCUGGACAGGUGUUUAUUUAAAUGAGAUGUGUUUUUCCAGCAAAUAAAGUCGAUUUCUCUGAAGUGCA